AUGCACCUCCUUUUUCUCCUUCUUUCAACCUUUCUUCUAGUCGAUUCUCUCGACAAUAUCUUGCUGCCGUUCGAAAGAUUCCAAUAUGAUUUGGAACAGUUCACCCCGGUGGUCAGCCAGGAAGUCGAAUUCGCAGAGCUCUCUGGGCUCACUGACGAUCAGGCGUUCGAGCAGUUAAAAUCAUUCUUCCCGACCCUCCAAUUGAGAAUUCAGCAACUCAGAAAUGUGAGUUACAAAGAAGCCAUUUCCUUUUUUUUUCAUCGCACUUCCAUCUUUUCAGUUGGGCGUGCAGGCGGAUGAAAAUCGCCGGAAGUACAAAGAGUUGGCGGAUGAGAUGUGCGGACAGGGACACAAUUUCGGAUAUCUGAAAGUUGAUCACAAACUGAGAAACAUUUUGGAAGUGAUCACGUCGCAGAAAGUCACUGUUAAAGUACGUAACUGGUAAUUUCUCUGACCACAGAUAUUCUUUAGAACAAUCUGAAAAUGCUGACCGCGAUACGGGACGAUCUCAUCGAUUGGGGAAGGUCUUCGAAGGCGCCGUGUCGCAGACAAUUAUGA